CGAAGGCGCGCCACUUCAUUGGCCCCCGCGUGAGGGGCGGGGCUAAAGAGCGCGGGUCCUCGGCGGUGGAGGGUCAAGUGGCUUCUUCUGAGCGCUGAGGGAGGGGAGCGUGCGUAGGGGAUGGUGCCAGCGCUGCGUUAUUUGGUUGGUGCCUGCGGACGGGCCCGCGGGAGUUUCGCCGGUGGCUCCCCUGGGGCGUGCGGGUUCGCGUCUGGGAGGCCAAGACGGCUGUGUGGAGGUAGCCGCAGCGCCAGCAGCAGCUCGUUUGAUAUAGUCAUUGUUGGUGGCGGAAUUGUGGGGCUUGCCUCUGCCAGAGCACUCAUCCUGCGACAUCCAUCACUUUCUAUUGGUGUUCUGGAAAAGGAGAAAGAUUUAGCUGUUCACCAGACUGGACAUAACAGUGGUGUCAUACAUAGUGGAAUUUAUUAUAAACCUGAGUCUCUGAAAGCCAAAUUAUGUGUACAAGGUGCAGCCCUCCUCUAUGAGUACUGUCAGCAAAAGGGAAUUUCCUACAAGCAGUGUGGCAAGCUUAUAGUAGCUGUUGAACAAGAAGAAAUUCCCAGACUUCAGGCCCUAUAUGAGAAAGGCCUCCAGAAUGGUGUCCAGGGCCUGAGGCUGAUCCAGCAGGAGGAUAUAAAAAAGAAGGAGCCAUAUUGUAGGGGUCUAAUGGCUAUUGAUUGUCCACAUACUGGCAUUGUGGACUAUCGGCAGGUGGCUUUGUCAUUUGCCCAGGAUUUCCAAGAAGCAGGUGGCUCUGUCUUGACCAAUUUUGAAGUAAAAGAUAUUGAAAUGGCUAAAGAAAGUCCUUCAAGAAGUAUAGAUGGAAUGCAAUAUCCAAUUGUUAUAAAGAAUACAAAGGGAGAGGAAAUCCGAUGUCAGUAUGUUGUGACAUGUGCAGGACUUUACUCAGACCGUAUUUCAGAGUUGAGUGGCUGCACUCCUGAUCCUCGAAUUGUACCAUUCCGGGGAGAUUACCUGCUCUUGAAGCCAGAAAAAUGUUAUCUUGUAAAAGGAAAUAUUUAUCCGGUCCCAGAUAGCCGGUUUCCUUUCCUAGGAGUUCACUUCACACCAAGGAUGGAUGGCAGUAUUUGGCUAGGGCCUAAUGCAGUUCUUGCCUUUAAACGAGAAGGUUACAGACCCUUUGACUUCAGUGCCACAGAUGUUAUGGAUAUAAUUAUCAAUAGUGGCUUGAUUAAACUGGCAUCCCAGAAUUUUUCCUAUGGAGUUACUGAAAUGUAUAAAGCGUGUUUUCUUGGUGCAACAGUGAAGUAUCUUCAAAAAUUCAUCCCUGAAAUUACUAUCAGUGAUAUACUUAGGGGCCCAGCUGGAGUAAGAGCCCAGGCCCUGGAUAGAGAUGGAAAUCUGGUGGAAGAUUUUGUAUUUGAUGCAGGAGUUGGGGAUAUUGGAAAUCGCAUUCUUCAUGUGAGAAAUGCACCUUCUCCUGCUGCUACUUCUUCCAUUGCAAUUUCUGGAAUGAUUGCAGAUGAAGUACAACAAAGAUUUGAAUUAUAAAUAAUGAAAAGAGCUAGAUGGAGUUUCACUCUUGUUGCCCAGGCUUGAGUGCAAUGGUGCGAUCUUGGCUCACUGCAACCUCUGCCUCCCGGGUUCCAGCGAUUCUCUUGCCUCAACCUCCUGAGUAGCUGGGAUUACAGGCGCCCACCACCAUGCCUGGCUAAUUUUUUGUAUUUUUAGUAGAGACGGGGUUUUGCCAUGUUGGCCAGGCUGGUCUCGAAUUCCUGACCUCAGGUGAUCCACCUGCCUCAGCCUCCCAAAAUGCUGGGAUUACAGGUGCGAGCCACCAUGCUCAGCCCUGAAUCCCUGACUUUGUUAAUGACCUGUCCUUACCAACCAUGACCUAGAGAAGAUUUGGCUUUUUAAGAGUUUUGGAGAAAGAUGGCAUAAAAAUGGAUUAUUUCCUUAAAUCAGUUUUUUAGCAUUAUGCAACCUAAGCUUGUUUGGUCUCUCAUAGACAAGAAAAUACAUUAUAUUGUAGGUUACAUUCUUUUAAUUUUGAAGAGUCACAAAACUCACAUUAUUUAGAGCAACAAUAUUUGUAUUUGGAAAUUAAAAAUUCAUGAUUUCAAGAAAAUACAUAAAAUUUACAUUUUUGAGUAGUUUGAAUAAGUUUCUGUCUUAAUUAUAAUAUUUGUAGGAAAUAACAAACUCAAAGCCUUUAUUAUUUCCAGUCUCUUUGUAACUGAUGUGGUAUGGUGUCAUCAUGAAAUCUAAACAGU